AUGGCGCACUGGAGUAUACGAUCUUCUGAUUCUAUUUCUCCCCGAGACGAUAAUUACUAUAUGACUCAAGUUGACAUUAUGAAAUCCAGCCUUAAAGAAACCGAAUUAAGCUUAGUUAGGUCGCUUGAAAAAAAUGCAAUGCUAGUCACAAAACUAGAAGAAGCCCAAGAUGAAAUUGAAAGGAGUCAUGACCAAUUAGAAAAUCAAGCAUUACUAGUCAAAAGUUUAAAACAACGCUGCCAAGAACUAGAAAGCCAAGCAAGAAUUGAAGAGCAGCCUGAAGAAUGGGAGAUACUUAACUAUAAAAAGCAAAUAGAGGUAAGGGAAAACCAAAUAGAUGAGCUUGCACAGGUAAUAAGAUGCAAAGAAAGAGCUAUUGAGACCCUUACUUCAAAUCAAGUGUUUUCACAAGAACAAUUUGAAGGAAUGAAGCAAGAGUUGGAGGAAAAAACUAAAGAGCUGGAAUUAUUACAAAGAAGGCUGAGAUUUACAGAGAAAUCGAUUGAUAACCUUUAUUUAAAUAAUAGGACAGAAGGAGAACUGAUGCUGGAAGUUGAGCACAUGAGGAAUGAUAAUAAGAGGCUUUUGGAAUUGUUAAACCAAACCCAAGAAUAUAAACACUUAGCUCAAUAUUUAGAAGACAGCAAAGGAGCUCAUUACGUUCAAUCUUCUAAAAGAUCUAAAAAAGGACAAAAGACAGACGAGCUCGAAAAUUGGGUGCCUCAAGAAAUUUUCAAAUUAAUUGAUGUUUACAAAAAGAGCCCAAAUGAGCUUACUGAUAACGUCCUCCACACACUUGUAUUAGAAUUAAAUACAGUUUGAAGAGAACGAGAGCGAACUCAAAUCGAAAAAUUAAAAAAUAAAUACAAAACCCAAAUUUUGGACUUAAAAAGGCAGCUUUUCAUGAGGCAGCCAUAUGAUACUAUAAAAUCCCAAAAGAAAGUUUCUUAUCUCAAAACUGAGCUCAAAAAGGUAAAUGAUGAUUUGAAACAAAAUUUCUCCUCAAAAACCACAAAGCUUGGCCCUGGAAUUGAUAGCAUAGAAAGUACCUUGAAAUUAAUUAGCAAGCUCCAAGAAGAAAAUAACAAGUUAAAACGUGAAAUAGUUUUGUUGAAGAAAAAAACAGAAAACAACGAUAAUAAGUCAAAGCUUAUAGAAAGCAUGGGAAAAUUAGGAGAACAAGUAAUACAAGAAAGCACAAAAAUGCAUCAGCUUAUUAAUAAUUUAUUAACUGAAUUUGAAGAAAAUCCAGGCGGAGAGAAAGGGAAUACAAAGAGAGAAUGAUUACUGGUAAUAGAUAUGCAGGAUAAUAUAGAAAAAAUUGUAGGAACAUUCAGUGGGAAUGUGGAGGUGCUAGUUGACAGCACAUACAGAGGAUAA